GAAAAUAAACAACAGAAAAUCGAGAAAACAAAAACCACAAGGAUUAUAUUAAAUGUUUAAAGUGAAAAGUUGUUUCCGAAUGAGCUAUGAAGUUAAUUGCAUUCGAGAUUCAUUGAAAAUGUGCAUAAAUCAAUUCAGAAACUGCAUUUAAUUAAGCUGAAAACAAAACACAAACGGAAAACGCAUGGCAAAAUCCAUUCGGUAAAUAGUAAGAGAGAAAAAAAGCAAACCAACAUCAAAUCGUUUUAAUUAAGACCAAAGGAUGCAACAUGGAAAUUCAAAUGAAAAGUGUAGUGGACAAAAGAGAUCAUAUUAAGGCUUUGAUAAAUUGAUUUACAAAUGCAAAACAAUUGACAGCAGCAGCAGCAGCGGCGGCAGCAGAAAUAAAAGCAACAAAAUCGAAAAAAAAAAUUCAUAGUGCACCAAACCGAUUUCCCAUCAACAGUUGCUGCCACACAAGCAGCAACAGUAACAGCAACAACAACAGUAACAAGGGUGGCGAAAAUGCGAGCAUCAAGUGGAUUAUAUCGCAUCAAGAGCGGAUGUGUCCUUGACAGGAUGCAAAAACCUGCGGCACUUAUUUUUAUUGCAUGCAUUGCGGCAUUUGGCAUUUGCGACCGCACAGCAGCAGCAGCAGCAGCAGCUACCACAAUGGAUGGGACAGGAGCCGCUUCCACAAUGGCGCCGCAGAGCACAGCGUCGGCAGCCAGAAGUGGACAUAGCACACAGCCAUCACAGAGGCAUAUAAAUCAAAAUUUAAUUAUGUCACCGGCCUCGGCCGCAGCAGCGGCCCUCGCGGCCCCCCUGCCCUCCUCGUACGCUGGGCCGGACUAUGGGGGGGAAGCGGAUCCGCAGCCUGUGCCCGUGCCGCAGCCCUAUGCCCAGGGACCCGCAGCCAGUGGGAGCAGCAUAACCAGCUUCGAUUCGACCAACUUGAUCGAUGACAAGCGGCAGAGUCAGAGCCCACACGCGAAUACCGAGCAGCAGCAGCAGCACCUACAGCCGCACCCACAGCAGCACUCACGGAUACAGGCCAAAGAUACGGCCGGGCCAUUUCCAAUACCCAUGGCCGGGCACAGAUCGGAGCCGGUGGAGAACCAUCUGGAGGCAACGCACGGCAUCGAUGGUGUGGAAAGUGUGUUCGGUUCGCCCAUGUAUUUCGGCACCGAGAACUCAACGGUGGUGACGACGCAGAUUGGCGCCACCGCCCAUGUGCCCUGCACAGUGCACCAUAUUGGAGAGGGCGUGGUAUCGUGGAUACGCAAAAAGGAUUAUCAUCUACUUACGGUCGGCUUAACAACGUACAGCAGCGAUGAGCGCUUCAGUGCCACGCACUUGAAGCAUUCCGAGGAUUGGACAUUGCAAAUCAAAUUCGUGCAGCUACGUGAUGCUGGCGUCUACGAGUGCCAGGUGUCCACACAUCCGCCCACAUCGAUAUUCCUGCACCUCAGUGUCGUCGCACGCGCCGAAAUCUCUGGGCCCCCGAUACGAUAUUUAACGCCGGGCUCCACGCUGCGGCUGCAGUGCCGCGUGGUGCAGAACACGGAGGCAUCCGAGUAUAUAUUCUGGUAUCACGACAACCGCAUGAUUAACUACGACAUUGAUCGGGGCAUUAACGUGUCCACGGAGCCAGACUUUCAAUCAUCGGAGCUUACCAUCCAGCGGACACGGCGCGAACAUUCGGGCAAUUUCACCUGCGUGGCCAGCAACACACAGCCGGCCAGUGUCCUGGUGCACAUUUUCAAAGGCGACAAUCCGGCGGCCAUGUAUCACGGACAUGUGGGCGGCUCCACCAAGACAAUGCAAUCUCAGCUGCAUAUGAUUAUGAUAAUCAUUUCCACCGGCUAUCGGAUAUUCCACACGAGUGUAUAUAUGAAGAUCUCGUAAGAGGCGCCAGCGGAAGAGCAGAAACACCAACUGGCAAUGGCAACUGCCGAAGGAAUGCAUUUUUGUAGCCAAGUGGAAGAUCUUAGCCCCUAAUCUUAAACUAGUUAAUUCAUUCUCUCUCUCUCUCUCUCUCUAUCUCGUACGUUAAUCAUAGAAGUGAAGGCCACAUCAGAGCAUACGUACUAAUGUCCCAGAAUCCCAGAACCCUAAGCUCUAAACUAAACAGAAACCGAAACAAGCUUAAGAAAUCUCUCAAAAUCUCUCUACAUACUCGUACAUACACGAUGCCAAGCCAUCAAUCAACCCCUUUCUAUCUUCAUGUGUGUGUGUGUUAAUAUUUUGUGAAUGUGUUAGUGUAAAUGUAAGUGACAGACUUCACACUUAACAACAGACGAGAAGACCCCCAAAGAAGUGCUCCCAAGACGCCGCAACCUAGAGACAGCUAGACAGAGAUAGAGCGCAAAAACUUGCAGCAUGCAGCAGAUACGCACAUGUAAAAAAGGAAGAUGGAAAAACUUUGCAAAACUAUCAACUUCAUGCACAUG